CGGAACAUGGCGGCGGCGGCCGCGGGAGGGGCGGGAGUGACGUAGGGACGCGUGCCGCCGCGUCACCAUCGGGAGCGGCGCGGAGCCGAGCGCGGAGCCGAGCGCGGCCGCCAUGUGUGAGGCGGCGGAGGAUGGCGGGUGCGGGGCGGGACCGGGGCCGGCACGGCGCCGCGGCCAGGGCCACAGUACACUCCUGGUGCUGCCCCGGGGACCUGGAUCUCGGCCCCCCGCGCCGGGUAUCGCCCCCGGCGUGUGUUGGCGACUGGUGUCCCAAGUGACCCCCGUGUCCCUGCAGCCACCCACGACCCUGCAUGAAGUGUGGGGGCUCUGCCGCCCUCAUCAUCCGCGUCGGGGACCCCUUCUGCCGCGGCUGCUUCCAUGAUUACUUUGUGCACAAGUUCCGUGCAAUGCUGGGCAAGAACCGUGUUAUAUUCCCGGGAGAGAAGGUGCUGCUGGCGCUGUCGGGGGGCCCGGCCUCCAGUGCCAUGCUCCGGCAGGUGCAGGAGGGGCUGAGCCGGGAGACGGCCAAAAAGCUCCGCUUUGUCCCCAGCCUCAUCUAUGUUGACGAGGGAGCGGUGCGGGGACAGAGCCUGGCGCAGCGGGAGCAGAGCCUAGCCCACAUGGAGGCCCUGCUGCAAGCAACUGGCUUCCCCUUCCACCUGGCCCACUUGGAGCAGGCGCUGGAGCUGCCUGCAUCCAUCUUGCGGCCCGGGCCGGGGAGGUCUGGGAAGCCCGGCCCGUCCUACAAGGAGGCCGUGGAGGGUUUCAUCCAGCAGCAGCGGCAGGAGGGGGACAGGGAUGGUGGCACUUCGCCGCCUGGUCCCAGCACCCAGGUGGGGGACCCGGCUGCCCCCCGCCUGCCUGCCCCUGCCCGCACGCAGGAGCUGCUGCGGCUCUUUGAGGCCGUGGAGACGGCGACGGCAAGAGAGGAGCUGCUGCAGAUGCUGCGGACCCACCUUAUCCUGCAGACAGCUCGGACCAAGGGCUAUGCCAAGGUGAUGACAGCCGAGAGCUGCACCCGUGUGGCCAUCAAGCUCCUCACCAACCUGGCGCUGGGUCGUGGUGCCUUCCUCGCCGUUGACACAGGCUUCGUGGAUGACCGCCACGGCGAUGUGCUGGUGGUACGGCCCAUGCGGGACUACACGGCCAAGGAGAUCGCCUUCUAUAACCAUUUCUUCCGUGUCCCCACCGUCAUUGCGCCACCCCUCCGCACCAAGCGCCGGGAGAAGCCCAGCAUCCACCGCCUGAUAGAACGGUUCCUCCUGGGGCUGCAGGAGGAUUAUCCCGCCACCAUCAGCACCGUCUACCGGACGGGUGAGAAGCUGAGCCCAGCCCCAGCAAAGGCGAGCAGCGAGUCGGAGCGCUGCCUGCUCUGCCUGUGCGCCCUGGACAUCGACGGGGAGGAGGAGCUGGCGCUGGAGCCCACGCUGAUCAUGGAGGAGCCGGAGGAGAAUGGGUGCUGCCAGGACCCCCCAGCAGCACCGGCUGAGAGCAAAGCCGCCUUCAUCCCACUGCUAUGCUACGGCUGCCGCCUCACCUUCAAGGAACUGGGUCCCCUCGCCACGCUGCCACCCUAUGUGCGUGCUGAGGCCCAGCGCAGGAUCCGCAGCGCAGAAACGGAACAGCAGAGCCUGGAGGUCCCACAGGAGGAUGAGGAGCCCGGCAAGAGCUAAAGGGGCUUGAGGACAGAUCCCCAUCCCUCUGGGGCACUGGUGGGGCAGGAUGUCACCCCUCCCAAAGGAUGGUGGGUGACUAGAGCCCCUGGGGUCCCCUGGCACCCAGGUAGCUGUGUUAUACCCCCUUUUGGUUACAGCUGAGGAAGCGAGGAGAGCCCCCAGCCCCCAUCUGGGGGGGGAGGGUGCUGGUACCCCCAGGGCAGCAGGUCCCCAGUCCCGUCCCAUCCCAUCCCAUCCCAUCCCAUCCCAUCCCAUCCCCCUGCCCCAGCCACACAUCAGCUAGGGAAGCCUCAGCUUUGUUUUAUUAGAUAUCUGUAUAAAUAAACCUUUUGAAUUAAUAAUAAAAAAAACAAAACCAAAGUCACAACAA